AUGAGUGUGUUUAAGAUGCCCAAACGUCUAUGUGAUGACAUUAAUGGCAUGUUUUCGAAAUUUUGGUGGGGCAAGCAGAAAACUGAAGGGGGAAUACAAUGGAGGAAGUGGGCCAAGAUGGGGUUUCAUAAAGGAAAAGGUGGAUUGGGGUUUAGGGACUUGGAGAGUUUUAAUCUAGCUCUCUUAGCAAAGCAAGGAUGGAGAAUCAUCAAGAAUCCUGGAUCACUUGCAGCAGUGGUUUUCAAGGAAAAAUAUUUUAGGCACUCAAGUUUUAUGGAGGCUAAGCUUGGGUCACAACCAUCUCUCAUAUGGAAAAGUAUUUGGUGGGCUAGAGAUUUGUUGCAAGAAGGCUUAAGGUGGAAAGUGGGGGAUGGAAGCAAGAUAAAGAUAUGGGGUGACAAGUGGUUAUCUACCCCUACCUCCUAUACUGUCCAGUCACCAAUAGGGCUGCUCACUGGUGAAUCUCGAGUUGAGGAGCUAAUUGACAAUCAGCAAAGAAUUUGGGAUGAAGGAAAAAUUAGAUCCAUAUUCUCAGGUGAUGAGGUUGAGCAGAUUUUAAGCAUACCAUUGAGCAAAGGAAUUGAAACUGUUAUGCAUGUUCUUUGGGAAUGUACAGCUGCAAAUGACGUGUGGUCAGAUCCUCAAAGCCUGGUUCAAAAAUGGAAUAGCACAGAACAAGAUUUCCUUCAUUUGUGGGAAAAAUUAAUGUUAAGAUUGAAUAAAAACCAGUUGGAGGAGAUGGCAGUAGCUUUUAGAAAGAUAUGGUUCAGGAGGAAUGACUAUGUUUUUGAUAAAAGGCUUUCAUGCCCAACAAGACUCCUUAGAACAGCAAAAGAGUGCCUUGAAGAGUUUCAGCAAUCCCAAAGAAUCCAGAAGAAGGAAGGUCAGACAUCAAGAUCUAACUCAAUGCAGAAAAUCUGGAAAAAACCAGCCCGAGGGAUAGUUAAGGUGAAUUGGGAUGCCUCAUUGGAUCAAAGAAUGAAAAGGAUGGGAGUGAGAAUCAUAGCCAGAGAUGAAGAGGGAGAAGCUUUAGUAGCCGUGUGUUACCAAAGACAACAUGUACAGAAUCCAGCAAUAGCAGAGGGUUAUGGACUGUGGAAGGCGAUGGAGCUAUAUAAUAAUCUUAAUAUUCAGAAGGUCAUCUUUGAAGGUGAUGCAAAAGCUGUUAUUCUAGCAGCUUUGAGUAAUGAGGAAGAUUUAUCAAUUGGUGGUUCAUUGAUUGAAGAUAUACGGUAUGUUCUUGUAAACAGACCAGAUUGGUCUAUAAAAUUUACUUAUAGGGAAAUGAAUAAUGUAGCCCAUGGUUUAGCCAAGAAGCUUUAA